AUGGAAAACUCAACACAGGUUGUGUCAUUUGUGUUGACUAUGUAUGGGAACAUAGGAAACUUCAAGUACCUGUAUUUCAUUCUGGCAAUGCUGUUUUACAUAUUAGUGAUUUUUGUCAAUGCAGUUGUAAUUGCCAUUAUUUAUGUGGACAGAAAUCUGCAUGAGCCCAUGUAUCUAAUCCUCUGUGGUUUGCUGGCUAACGAAAUAUAUGGUAGUACAAGUUUGCUGCCUUGUUUAAUGGCACUUUCUGACACACAUGAAAUUUCUGUCUUUUACUAUUUCAUACAAAUAUUUUGUAUUCAUACGUAUGGAGGUAUUGAAUAUGCAAUUUUAACAGUCAUGGCUUAUGACAGAUAUGUGUGUAUCUGUAAGCCUUUACAUUAUAAUGUGAUCGUAACCAAAAGAAAAAUACAAAAAGUUAUUGUAGCUGUCUGGAUAUUAUUUUUUUUAGAAGUUGGAGUUUUGUUGUCUUUCACCAUUCCUUUAAAAUUUUGUGGAAAUACUAUCGACAGAGUUUUUUGUAGCAACCAUCUUGUAUCCCAACUUUCUUGUUCAUCACACACAGAAAUGUCACAUAUUCAUGACAUGGUCUUUGGCCUUGUUUUUGCUGUCUUCAUGCCUACAAGUUUCAUUUUAUUCACGUAUAUAAAGAUCCUGGCUGUGUGUUUAAAUUCUUCUAAAGAGACCAAACAAAAAGCUGUCAGCACCUGCACUCCACAUCUUGUUGCACUUCUCAACUUUGGAUUCAGCAGUUCUUAUGAGUUUAUUACUGAGAGAUUUGAUAUGACUUUUGUUCCAUAUCCACUGCGUGUGACUUCAUGUGUGUAUGUCUUGAUAUGUCAACCUGUUUUAAGUCCCAUCAUGUACGGUCUCAAACUGUCAAAAAUUAGACAUGCAUGUAAAAACUUGGUUGCAUCAAAAACAUAA